AUGAGAACAAGUCUAUCACUAGUAUUGUUAUUGGUAGCUUUGAUAUCAAUUGCAGUCGUCUCAACUCAAGAGACAGACGCAGCAGAGGGCACCAAAGACUAUGUCAUCGACCUCACCGACGAUGACAAGAGCCUCAUAAAGGAUGGUUUCUGGUUGGUUGAGUUCUUUGCACCAUGGUGUGGAUACUGUAAGAGAUUGGCACCUGUUUGGUCAGAGCUAUCAGCUCAUGUCUUCCGUAACGAGAUACCAGUGAAGAUUGCCAAGGUCAACUGCGAUGAGAACAAGAGUCUCUGUGGGGAUCAUGAAGUGCGUGGCUAUCCAACCAUCAAGUUGUUCUUGAAUGGAACCAAAAAGGACUACAAAGGUCAGAGGACCAAGACUGCCUUUAUCCAAUACCUUGAGAAGAUGCUUGGUGGAUAUACCCAAACUGUUCAUGAUAAGUCUGGACUGAAUGGUCUUUUGAAGUCUGAUCCAUAUCAAGUGUCAUACAUCUAUCUCGCUGGAGAGUCCAUUAACAAGGCAUCUGACCCAUUGUAUACAUCAUUCAAACAUACUGCCUUUGAGCUAUUUGAUCAAGGUGGACCCAACUUCAUUGAGAUUGAGGACGAGACAUUACUUGAGAUGAAGGUCAGCGGACCAAUGGUACUCUUGUUCAAGGACGACAGAUUCCAAACCUUUAGUCAAACACCAAGCCAUUUGCCAGAUUGGAUGAGACAACACAGAUUCCCAACCUUGUCCAAAGUCACUGACGUGUCAUUUGGUCCACUUAGCGAGUCGUUCAAGUACUUGGUAUUGUUCGCACAUGAGACUCAACCAGCUCACGACGAGAUUGAAUUGAUGAAGAAGGUCGCCAAGAUCCCCAUGUCAGAUGACCCACAAGAGUUUGGAUACGCCUACGUCGUCGAGUAUGAGUACGGCUCAUGGCUCAAGAGAUUCAACAUUGAGAAGUAUCCAGCAGUUUUGGUGAUUCAGGACCAGGGCGACAUCUACUACUACGAUCCAUUGAUGCGCCGUCUGGAUGACGUGACCGUGCCCAAGUUCCUCAAGGAGGUGCAGUCGGGCAGCGUCGAGAUGAAGUACACCGACGCCUUCCGAUUCUACUACCUGCGUACCAUCAACUUCAUCUCCACCUACCUCUACUACAUCCUGGCGGCUAUCUUCUUGAUCCCCCUGCUGAUCUUCCUCAAGACACGUGGUGGCUCCGACGUCAACAACGCCGCAGUCUACAAGGGCGACAAAGUAAACUAG